GUUAUGCCUCAUUUAGCGGAAGUUUCGUCAUUUUAGGUAUGAUUUAUCAGUAAACCAAAGAACACAAGCUGAUGARGAGAAACUGAGGGAAACUUCAAGCGCGGUACAUAGYUUCAAGGGUGUUUUACUUGAGUUUCCAAUCACAGAGUUGAAAUCGCUGUUAACUACAAUAUGCCGCGGGUAGUGCCGGAGCAAAAACAAAAAUACGAAAAUGAUGAGACGUUUAGAAAGUUAGCCAGAGAAUCAGAGAUCAAAUAUACGGCUUAUAGGGACCGGUCUCACGAAGAAAGAGUCGUUCGAUUUCAGACAGAAAUCCGUGACGGACAGGCUCAUAUAGCAUAUGUAUCUUCAGGAACAAAUUUCAACCUCCAAUUUCCUAAAAACGACGAUGGRAGCAUAUCAAAAGAAUACUUAGAUUUUGAAAGAGAGCCAGGAAAGGUUCAUGUAAAAAGUAACUUUAUUCUAAAUGGAGUGUGUGUCAUAUUUAAAGGAUGGAUAGAUUUACAGAGAUUAGAUGGAAUUGGCUUUGUAGACUUUGAUGAAGAAAGAGCCAAAAAAGAGGACAAAGUAAUGAGAGAAACUCUAGAACAAACUAAACAAAGGAUAGCAGAGUUUGAAGAACGUCAAAGACARUGGAAAGAGGAACAACAAAGAAAGGACAACGAGGCAAGUAACCACCACCGUAGAUAUAGGCAAAACUAGGUCUACGGCACCAUCAAGGGCAUCAUAAAUAGUUGCCAAAGGGAUAAUAUAUAAAUAAUAUAUAAUUAUAUAUAAAGUAACUGAUAAUAAAGAGCAGUCAAAGUGAUAAAGAUUUUGUGCUAAAACAAUGCAACAAUAUAAAAAUGUACACUUUUUGCUAAGGUUUUGCACAUGCAUUGACGGCAAUGUUUUACUGAUGCUUUUACUUUAAAAACUGUGGAAAAAAAUCAAUGAAUUGAUACAAAAGUGUCUCACUUUGAAGAAGCUGUUUAGAAAACAUUCAGUUUACUGAGUCAAGUUUCAUGGAUGCAAAUCAAGUUACACUUAGCUAGUAGACUSGGUUUAUUUCAAUGGAUAGYUCAAACAUUUCAAAGUUGCUAUGCUAAAAACCUAGACAGAACAAGRUGCAGUAAAUUURUCUAACACAUGAGUGAUGGCAACAGCUCAUUUAAUGCAGUCGCAGAAUUAUGCUUCAAUAUAUUUAAGUUUUCAAGAUAUAGUUAGUUAUAUAUAAGUUAUAAUAUAAUAUUUAAGAAGAUUGUAACUCAUAAGUGCCAAGUAUUAACAUUGAGCAUUCACUAACUAUUCACAAAAAUCACAAAAGAAAAAUGGGCAAUGUCUCUAGGUUGUUGUCAAUGACAGAUGACAAUGAAAAGCGUGGGGUUAUCCACUAGGCAGUAUGUAUAGGGUGUUAUAUGUUGUAUAACUGGGUGAAAUCCAUCCAUGUCCUUGUUAAAUAUUGUCCAACGUGCAUCGUCCAGUAGGUGUCACUCUAUCAUAAACUUUUUUUCAUAAAUAAGUGCACUCCAACAGUUGAAUACCUACUGCCAUGCUCCUGUUGGUAAAAGCUAUUAAGUUUUCUUCACUGAAUAAUAUUGCUAUUGAGGCUAACACUGUAUGGCUAUUGGAGUUCACAUAUUUACUUAGGUUGAAGAUAUCUCUCAAAAGUAAAUAGAUCAAAACUGUUUAUGUCUAAUGUACAGCAAACAUAUGUUUAUAGUAAUACCUGGACUUUUAGUUAUGGUUGUAUUUAGCUGCAAUUUUUAAAUGACGAGGGUUACUUUACUAACUGGAAACAGUUGCUUCUGAGAGCAAAGUUAUUGGAAUGAUAAACAUGCAAUUUUUUCACAUUUUAGUGAUCCCAAUAAUCAGUUUAAUAGUUCCCAGAACUAUCUUAAGCUGUUCGACAGUUUGACAGUGAUUUAGCUUGCAAUAAUWGAUAACUUCCUUUUGCAAUUAGAACAACAUCAUUCAGAAUUAUCUGUCAUUGUAAGCUCAAUUUCUGUGUUCUUCAAUGCAAAGGAACUUGUCGGCAUUAAAAGUAUCGCAGAAUAGCUAAUGAAUAGUGCCCUAAACCUGUAUAGCUGCAUGAACAUAUUAGCCUCAUUUGCAGCCUGGUAUUGGGUUGACUGUCACUCCUUAUUUAAAAGUGGGAAAAGCUACGGGCCCCUUGGCAUGUGACAUCAAGACAUCUUCAUCUGGAGGACAAAACAAAAGAUUUCUGAAAUUGAAUCCAUUGUUUUGUCCUCCAGUUGGAGCUGUAUUCCAGGAAUACUAACACUAGUACGGGAAGGACAAGAACCCAAAACCAGGAAUAGAUGUUAAAUGAGAGAGUGAACUAUUACUUGAAAAUUAUAUAGAAUAAUCAAUAUGAAAACAAGCAAAUAAUCCAUAAAAAAAGCAAACAAAGCUAUGUAGAUAUUAUUUAAUAUUUAAUGUUAAAUUAGUAGUUUAUGUAGUAAUAAAUUAAAAUAGUUGAUUUUAGUUUUUUAUAGUGACGGCAACAAACCCACGAAAAUAUAGUAAAAAUUAAUAAAAAUAACAACAAUAAUAAUAUAAUAAUGAUAAUAACAAUCAAUAAUAAUAAUAAUAAUAAUAUUUAUAAUAAUAAUAAUGAUCAUAAUAAUAGUAACAAAUAAUUCCUAACUUUAAAGAUAUUAAAAUAAAUUAAAAUUCCCUUUUCUAUUCAUGGGUUUGUUGCAGUCAUUGUAAACAUGUAUAUCAAUGUAGUAAGGAAUGUCUUGCAAAAGAAUUUCAAUAAAAGUCUAAAUCAAAAUA